AAAAGACACAGUUCAAUCUAACAUGAAUAACUGAUAUGAACUGGUCUUGCUGGAAGAUUUAUGCAUCAAAAAUGAAGUUCGUCUAUGCUGUGUGCAUCUGGAUUUGUCUGUCAGGGUUUGGACAUUCAGCUGCUGAUGGGAGGGUCAUAAACAAACGUGAAGGAGAUCAAGUCACAAUUACGUGUACUCCUGUACCGGAUUCAGAAAACAAAAAGUAUUUCUGCAAACAUCCAUGUAAAGAUAAAGAUAAAGACACCAUAGUAUCAUCUGAUCGGCAUUCUAACGGGAGAUUCAGUCUGAAAGAUUAUGGAAAAGGAAAGUUUACAGUGACCAUCACUGAUCUACGGGUGUCAGACUCUGCGAAUUACUGGUGUGGAGUGGAGCUAGUAGGUAGAGUAGACGGAUCUGAAAAGGUCAAACUGACAGUAUCUAAAGAUGUUAAGAGCGCUAUUACCACUUAUACAACUGUCAUGCCAGCAAUCACCACAUCUGGUAAUUUAAACUGCUGUUUCCUCCAUUAAUUCAUAGUCUGGAUUUACAAAAUCAGCUAAUCAGUUUUCAUCAGUUUUCAUUUUCAUAAUAUUUAGUACAUUUUAUCAUUUUUUUUAUGUUACGUACAUCUGAUUAGAUAUGCAUGU